GCCAGGAAAGAAUGAGCUCUUCAUAACCUGCUGUUCAUAAUUAAAGGAAAAAAAACAAGCUUCUUUACUUACUUUGUUAUUUCUUUUUAAAAAUAAAUGUUAGUGACAUUCUCAUGGCAAUGGAGUGAAGAAAAGGGCAGUAACUAUGAUGAAGACCUGGAUUUCCACAGAUCAGUUAAGCCUUGAGGUGUUAUGAAUACUUACAGCGCAACCCCUUCUUGGAAUCAUGGCCUAGCAGUGUCGUGUCUGAAAGCGUAACUAAAAAGCUUCAUCUUGUCUUGUAAAAGCUACAGUCCUGCUUAAGACUUUCAGGAAAGGUAUCAUGGACAGACUGGAUGUACUAGGGGAAAAUGAAGCUUUGCAACAGUUCUUUGAAGGUCAGGAUGUGCACAGAGCUUUGGACAACCCAAUGGUGGACACAAGCAUGUUGGAACAAUAUAUCAGCAGUGAUUUUGCUUUUGGACCCCUGUUACCUGAUUCACCACCUGAUUCUGGAUCAGAGCCAUGUUCACCACCGCAAAUCAGUGGUUUGAUGCAUUCAUCUUGCUGGUCAAAUGGAUUUCACCCCACAUCUUCUACACCUUCAGGAUCCUGCAGAUACAUUGAAAGGUCCAUCGAUACCAGCCCUGGAAGCCACUCCCUUGGUGCUUCUCCAGACACCUGCAUGAAAGCAAAUAACCUUGAAACACCUUGGAAUGGUUCUACUCUGCCAAACUGUACAGGUUACAACUAUCCCUUUACUCAACAACCACUGUCCCAAACUAUCAGUGGUGCGGUUUCACCAAAUAAAAAAAGAAAGCAUUCGCAUUUGGAUGACAAAGACAAGUGGUCACCAUGGAGCAUGGACACUCAGCAAUCACUUUCAUCCAGUUGCAUUAUUGAUGUGAAUGGUUAUGAAAGCGAUGGCCAGACAGUCUCCUCAACAGACAAAUGUUAUCAGUCACUGACAUGGAAGCCAUACCAAACAGGAAACUGGUGUAACUUGUGCAAUGCGAACGCAGAAAAGCUUCCUGCAGUGGGAUACCAAGUAAUCACAGACAAAGGAUUUAAUUUCUCAACAGUAGAUGAGGCAUAUGUCUGCCAGAAGAAGAACCAUUUCCAGGUCACUGUCCACAUGAGAGUACUUGGAAGCCCUAUAUAUGUCAAGACACAGCUGGGUCUGAAUGCAAUUGAAAGCUUUAACCUAAAAGUCUUUGGUGUUAAAGUAGAAGCUACAAACCAGAUGAUCACAAUUGAACAGUCCCAAUCUGAUCGCAGCAAGCGACCCUUUAAUCCUGUUACGAUAAAUUUACCAUCAGACCAAAUCACCAAAGUAACAUUAGGAAGGUUACAUUUCAGUGAAACCACUGCUAAUAACAUGAGGAAAAAGGGAAAACCAAACCCCGACCAACGGUAUUUCAUGUUGGUAGUUGGUCUGUAUGCUGUUUGUCAAGAGGAUUCAUAUUUAGUUGUUGCUCAUGUCUCAGAAAGAAUCAUUGUAAGGGCAUCCAACCCUGGGCAAUUUGAGAAUGAUAAUGAUGUCCUGUGGCAGCGCGGGCAUGUCCCAGAGACAGUAGUCUCUCAUGGGCGAGUUGGAAUUAACACUGACACACCAGAUGAAGCACUGGUUGUAUGUGGCAACAUGAAAGUGAUGGGGACGGUCAUGCAUCCUUCUGACAGUCGAGCAAAAAGGAAUAUCCAAGAGGCUGACACACUGGAGCAGCUAAGAAGAAUAGCCCAGAUGAGGCUUGUUGAGUAUGACUACAAGCCUGAAUUUGCAAAAGCUAUGGGAAUAGAUUCCACCCAUGAAACAGGUGUUAUUGCACAGGAAGUGAGAAAUGUUUUGCCACAAGCCGUCAAAGAAGCUGGCAAUGUUACAUGUGAUAAUGGAGAGACAAUUGAAAAUUUCUUGAUGGUCAAUAAGGAUCAAAUUUUUAUGGAGAAUGUAGGUGCAGUGAAACAGCUCUGCAAGCUUACCAAUAACCUUGAGAUAAGGAUUGAAGAGUUAGAGCUGUGGAACCAGAAGCUUGCCAAGCUCAAAAGGAUAAGUAGCCUAAAGUCAGCAACAAGUGAAAAACCUCAGGCCAAAUCACCACCAAGAUCUCCAUCACGGGGCCUUAGCAGAUUAAGUCACGUUCCACUUCAAAGGAAGCCAGUUCCAGUUAAAGUUAAAAAGAGCUCAACAAAACAAGAACAAUGCUCAAAAAGGAUUUUCCAUGCUUUAGUAAUAUCCCUCAUCACUCUUAUGACACUAUGUGCCUUGACCAUUUCUACACUAUAUAUUCUUUAUGUCCAAGAGGAAGCCAUUGAACGAGAACCAUUACCAUCAAAUAAUGUUACAGGUGUUGCAAGCACAUAUGAUGCCACCUCUCUUCACACAACUCACAUGCAUGGGUUAAGUGAAAGUACAGUUACCACAGCAAAAACAACCCAACCUGUAGGAGGAGGUGGAAGAGAAAUCAGUUUUUGUGAUAUUUUGCCAUGUGAGGAAGAACAUUGCUGUUCACUUCAACAACCAACAUUAAGAAAUAUAUUUUAUGAAGAAACAAAGACUUUUAAAAAAAGAAGUCUCAAAAGAAACAUAAGCAAGAUGAGAUGGCCAGAUAAACCUCCAUUUUCAAGUGAUUGGAUUGAUACAUCGAUCAGUUCCAUACAGAUUCUGGAGAAUCAGCAAAUAAUAGACCGUCACUAUUGCAGUAAAGGCUUGCAUUGUGGGAAUGGAAACUACAGCUAUGUUAUACCAGUGAGCAAGUAUACACCAAUCAACAUGCGGAUGACUUUGGAAAUCAACACAACGGAGCCAUUAAUUGUCUACCAAUGUAAAAUUACACUUGGUAAUAUCUGUAAUCGGGCCACACACUUAAGGAACAAGAGGGACGAUUCUUUAGAGUCAACUCAGGGCCUCCAGCACCACUGGAUUCUACCUGUAGCUCGCCUGUAUGACAGUGCAUUUCAUUUCCGUGUGGCUACUCCAGAUUUUGCAAAUUGUUCAACAGAUCCAAAUUUUGCCGGAAUGCUCUUCACAGACUAUUAUUUUUACUUUUAUAGAAAGUGCAACUAGAGCAUUGUGGUCUUUUCUGUUCAUUGGUAUCCACAAUCUGUACUUAUUACAGAGAAAGACUAUAGUAGUCUGUAGGUCCAUCCCCACAGCAGGGAACUUUACAGAUGAUCCAUCCAGAAAUUCAGCUGGACUUGUCAGGCUUAUUAUUUACUUUUUAACUCACUUGUGCUCAUGUGUCUUGGAAAGUACAUUGUUUGGCGGUCACAGCUGGAGUUUAAAUACACCUAGAUGGUAGUUUUGUUUGGGUUCCAUAAAAAGUUAAUAAUGUUAAUGUUUUACAGUAGAACCCAGAUUUUACUUCCCUGCAUUUUACAGUUUAAUGCAAUUGAUCCCCUUUUUCACAGUCCCAUACAGACAAGCUGCAUUUGUUUUCCUCGAUUUUACAUUUUCCCAGAAUUUACACUGCCCCUGAAAAACAUAAAAUCAGGGUUCUACUGUAUGUCAUUUUUACUAAUGUUACAUUUGUUUUCCAGUUAACUGGCACACAAAACGAAUUACAGUUAAAUUGAAUGGAUGAAUGUAUAUAUUAAAUUUGUAUGAUUUUCUAAAUUGUGAUAUACCCUAAUCAUUUUGUAUUACUUCCAAGAUAUAGUCAGUUUUAGAGCUGGUUGAAUACUUCAUUAUAUUUAAGUUUGUAUAAAAAAAAAAAAAAAGAGUAUACAAAAAGUCGCUAAGUUACAACUCCAUUUACAUAUAAACUAACUUAAUAUAUGUAGUCCAAUGAGGAUUACUUUUACAAAAUUAAGUACCUAGGUGUCAGUGAGGAAUAUACAUAUUGGUAAAAAAUGACUGCACUCUCAGGAUUUAAAGAACAACCAAAAAAAAUACAUUGUAUUUAUGUAUAAUUUACUACAGUGAGCAGUUAAUGAUGAAAUUAGCCCUAUUUUUACCCACAAUGCAACUUCACCCCCCCCCCUACAAUUCCAAUGUAAUUGCUGCCGCAAGGGGAAGUUCUAUCCAACAACAUUGCAGCUGAUGCGAGGUGUGAUUGCAUCAUUCCUGGUCUGUGCCAAUAUGACGCCUGCACAUAUUUGUUUAGGUAGAAGUAUGCUGCGUCUAAUCUGCUUUGCCAGCAUCACUAGUGACUGAGAUAUUGGACUAAUCCAAUACAUUUCUUUAUUUCUUUCUGUUGUGCAAAUCCUGAGAGUGUUUUUAUAUAUAAUCCAUGUUUUUUGUUUUUUUCUGAGCUAAACAGGGCAAACAGGGAAAGUAAAGCUACUCCAUUAUAUUACCACUAUACAACCCAUCCCUUCCCCCUUAAUACUGUUUGUUAUCUUUGCAUUGGUAAUCUAAUUAUCUACCUAGCUCAAGAAAUAACAAAAACUAUAGAUAUUUUGUGAUUAAAACAAUAGGCAGAAAGUUUGUUGGCGGCCCGCCCCGUGUUCAUUUGCUGACACUCAUUUGUUCAUAGGGCACGAAUGAAUGAGUGUGCAAGCAAGUGCAGUCACAAGGACCUGGCUACCCUUAGUUCCUGCCCUGACAAGACCUACUCAUGUUGAAAAUGCAGUUAAAUUGGUGCCAAAGCCUCAAAAAGUGUGUUAAAAUAUACAUAUUAUCUGAGAAUGAAGGUACUGAUCAUGUUUCUGACAGAGGCAGCCUGCACAUAACCAGUCAUUUCCUGACAGUAGUGCCUAUACAUAAGGUGUGUUCCAGAAUGAUGGGUGGCUGGUACACAGAUAUUCGCAGACAUUUGUUUGUCACAGUGGGGCAAUGGAUAUGUAUCUUGGAGUCUCAUAAACCAUGUCAAUCAGUCUUAAUUUAUGGCUUUAGUUGUUAAUGAACACAACAAAUAUGCUUUUUUCACAUUCCUGAAAUCUCUACCAUAAAAAUACUUAAAGGCGAUGCUCUGUCUAAGUUCACUUGUGGCCAUUCUCCUCUCCAAUACAAGACAUACUUCUUUAAAAAAAAAUGUAUAAUAAACAUAAUACAGAAAGUAAA